UGGCCGGAGCCGGGUGGGAAGUUUCUUGGCGUUUGUUCCCAGCACAAGCUCCCGGGUCCCGCUGCUGCGGGCGGAGCGGCCCCCGGGCUCUGGCGGGAGCAGCGGUGGGGCGCGUGCGAGGAGGAGCCGGGCUCCGGGGUGCGAGAUGAAGCCGGGGCGUGGGGAAGCCGGAGCCGCCCUGCUCCUCCUCCUCCUUCCCGGCUGCUCCAGCCCCGCGGCCAGGCGGCUGCUCCCUCCUGCCUGAGCCCCCGAGUGUCCCGCUGCCGCCGCCGCGAUGGGGACGCUGCCCGCGGCUCCCCGCCUCCUGCUGCUCCUGGCUGGCGCUGCCGGGCUGUGCCGCGCUCGCUUCUCCUUCCCGCUGCGGGUGUCCCCGCCGGCCGCCCCGGGGAGCGGCUCCGGGAGCAGCCGCCAGCAGGCCCCCGCCGGCGAGGCGGACGGCUUGGCCUUAGCCUCGGAGCCCGGGGCCGCCGUCAGCUUCUUGGCCAUGGUGGAGAACCUGCAGGGAGACUCCGGCCGGGGCUACUACCUGGAGAUGCUGCUCGGGACCCCGCCGCAGAAGUUAAAUAUUCUGGUUGACACUGGAAGCAGUAAUUUUGCAGUUGCAGGUGCCCCAAACCCUGAUGUAACGUCGUACUUCAAUACAGAGGAGUCAAGUACAUAUAAGUCACAAGGCACUGAUGUCACUGUCCAGUAUACGCAAGGAAGUUGGACUGGAGUACUUGGCACUGAUGUCAUUACUAUUCCAAAGGGAAUCAAUGGCACGUACACUAUCAACAUUGCAACCAUUCUGGAAUCAGAGAAUUUCUUUUUACCGGGGGUUAAAUGGCAUGGGAUCCUUGGACUUGCCUAUGAUGCCUUAGCCAAGCCUUCAAGUUCGGUGGAGACAUUCUUUGAUUCCCUUGUGAGUCAAGCAAAGAUUCCCAACGUUUUCUCCCUGCAAAUGUGUGGUGCUGGAAUGCCUGUUCCUGGAAGUGGUACCAACGGAGGUAGUCUUGUCAUGGGUGGAAUUGAACCAAGUUUGUACAAGGGUGAUAUCUGGUACACACCUAUAAAGGAGGAAUGGUAUUACCAGGUUGAAAUUCUCAAACUGGAGGUUGGAGGCCAGAACCUUAACUUGGACUGCAGAGAGUAUAAUGCAGACAAAGCAAUAGUAGACAGUGGCACCACUCUCCUCCGCCUUCCCCAGAAAGUCUUCAAUGCUGUGGUCGAAGCAAUUGUGAGCACAUCUUUGAUCCAAACAUUCUCCUCUGGAUUCUGGACUGGUUCCCAGCUUGCAUGCUGGGAUAAGACUGAAACACCAUGGUCCUUAUUUCCUAAAUUAUCUAUCUACCUGAGAGAUGAAAACUCCAGCAGAUCAUUUCGGAUAACUAUCCUACCACAGCUUUAUAUUCAACCCAUCCUUGGGAUUGGACAGAAUUUAGAAUGCUACCGUUUUGGCAUCUCUUCCUCCAGCGGUGCCCUGGUUAUUGGUGCUACAGUCAUGGAGGGCUUCUACGUUAUCUUUGACAGGGCACAGAAGAGAGUGGGCUUUGCAGUUAGUCCAUGCGCAGAAGUUGGUGGCUCUCCAGUAUCUGAGAUUGAAGGCCCUUUCACAACAGCAGAUAUAGCAAGCAACUGUGUCGCCACAAUGACCUUGCACGAACCGAUGUUGUGGAUUAUCUCCUAUGCUCUCAUGAGUUUAUGUGGAAUCAUCCUCCUUGUUUUGAUAAUCUUACUGCUUCUUCCACCUCGCUGUCAGCAUCGCUUCACUGACAAUGAUGUAGUCAGUGACGAGUCAUCGUUAGUGCGUCAUCGAUGGAAAUGAGGAACUUGAUCAAACUCAAGGAACCUUGGAUUCUCUUAACGCAAUUAAGGAUAAAGUUUCUAACCCCAGAGAGAAAGCCAAGGCCUUGUUCCGUAUACAUUAAUCUCAAAUCACUGUUCUACUGCUGGAUACUCUCCAGGCAUAUUGCAUCAUAACUUUUACGCUUUAUUUCUAACACUGAUUCUGAACCAAAACAUUAUAACCACUCUCAAGUGCUACCUUACUGGUUCUGCUCCUCAGUAGCACAGCUGAACCUUUAAGAUCUCAGUAGUGCUUUAAAAAAAACAAAAAAAAUACAUUGUGAUGUUCUUCCAUCAGAUGCACAAUGUUGCUUAUCCCUUCCUCGAAGAAAAGAACUGUCAAGUUUCUAACAUUAAUCAAGCCUUGAGUAUAGAAAAAGAAAAAAGAUCAUAAGUUUUAUUGAUUUUCUUAUUAAUCCCAUUAAAGAAAUACUAUUUUCUGUUUAAAGCAAUUCAUUUUGAAACAGUGCUCACAGUGUGGGGGAGAGGGAAAGGUGAGUCUUGUGCAGCAGAUGGAAGAAAGUCAGGUCAAGAAGAAAUUUUAUUUUUCAAGAAAAUAAACUGCUGUCAUUUGAGUGGGUCUCCCUUUGUAGGCUGUCCUUUCUAAAUAGAUUGAAGAGGAAAAAUGGGAAACCAAAACUACUCAGCCUUAGUGUAAAACAAGACUACCUCUGUUAAUUUAUAAGGAUACUUACUCUUGGUAAGUAUGGCGCACAUAAAACUGUUCUUAAACUACAAGAAAUCCUGUACCACAAGAUGCAUUUUCUUGACUCCCAAAUAGUUAUUGCUUAAUCCUCCUUUUAUAAAAUAGUUUUUCAGUUAAACACAUUAAGGUAUGUCAGCUUAGCUCUGGCAUGUCCAUCUUGGUGAAAAAUAUAUUAUAUUACACAGAGUGAUUGGAACGCUAGGUAAGAGACUGAAAAGUACUGGUCCAGUAAACCUAAAAAGAAUAUUAAAAAUUAAAAAAAACAUUCUGGACCAGAUUAUCUUCUCAGUUGUACAAGUAUAAAUCUGGAGUUUAACUGAGAUCAGAAUGUGACCCUUUCUUUAAAUUUUGAUGAGUAUUUUCUUAUAGCUAGUAAGCCAGUGUUGCAGUUGCUCAACCUUGGUUUCCUUUGUAAAGUUCUUGCACAGUCACCGAGUGUGUGUGUGUGAGAGGGUGGGGGAAGGGAGGGAGAAACAGUGCUAGGCUCAGAAAUUAAAUUAUAAUUACACUUUUUAACCACCACCUACAUUUUGCAUCCUAGCUAAAAGUGCCUUUUAAGGUGUUUUAUUAUAGUUUCGGAUUGCUGGGCUGGCUGAGGGAAUAGCUGGAGUUUUGUUUUUACAUCUGAAAAUGCUUUUCUUGGAACUAGUAGUAGGAAACUUCUGCAUAUGGCUUGUCUUGUUUUGUUUUUCUCCUGGCCUUAUAAAAAACUAUACUAAGAAAUGUAAAGAUCUGCAUAGCAAGAAUGAUAAAAAUGUGUUACAAUUAGGCUUAUUUUCAUAGAUUUUUAUCCCUAUGAUAUUUAUCUCUCUAAAUCCACACAGCUUCCCUUUUUAUAUUGUUAAAAAAUUAGACUUUUUUUCUUUGUCAGUUCUAAUAUGAAGAUGGCUAAAAUUGUGCUAAGAAAGCACUAUCUUUGAUUCCUCAUGUGAGCUAGGUGACUGAGUUCCUUUUUCUUUCACAUAUCAUGACAUUUCUGUUCCAUAGUGUACUUUCAGUUUGUUUGGAUUUUUUUUUCUUUGCACAAAAGGAGAAUAAAAUGCAAUGCACCUCAUUUUCUGAAGUCUUGAGUUCCCACAGCUCCUGUUGAUUUCACCUGGCAUUGGGGCGCUCAGCACUUUUGAAAACGAGGCCCUGUGUUUCUUCAUAAUUGAAUUGUUAUACUGUUGAAACAAAUUUGCAUUAGGAGCAUUGAGUUGAAACAUAAAAAGAAAGUUCCUUUUUUGAGUUUUACCCAAAGUUUUUUUGCUUUGGAAAGAAUGGUGUUUCUAGUUCUUCAGUCUAGCUCCAUUUAGUCCUCCUGGGUUCGACUUGACACAUAGGAAUGUGACUGAAAAUAUCUUUUUGUGUUUUGUUAAGGAAAUAUAUUUAAUACUCUUGUCAUAUUUUGUUUUAAAUUAAAAUAUUUUUGACUUUUUGUA